AUGACGCAACAGCAUUCAGCGUGGAGGCGGGCACUUCCGACGCCUUGCCGUGCACCGCCUCCUCCAAUUACUGUUGAGGAAAGAUGGCAUCUUGAAGUACUUGACACGCUUCUUGAUGAAAGCGCUGCACAAGACGACGAAUGGGCUUUCUUGGCAGCGACAUUGCUCGACACGCUCGUUGAGUAUUGUCCACAUGCUCGCCAACAGACCAUCGCCCCAGCAUGCCCUUGCGAAGUUAGCCUCGAAAGGACUGUGCCUUUGUCUCCUCACCAACAUCAGACCCUAAAAUUGCUUGAGGCUCUCCCGCACCAGCUGCCCUCCGAAGAGCACGACUGGUUAGACAAUGACCUCGAUGUUGUGUUGAAGUCCAAGGCCCUUCCUCUCGAAGUGCGAACCAGUCUCGUCAAUGUUCAGCCGUGGCACCACGUUGGUGCGCCACCUCCAGACUGCCUCGAAAUUUACACCGAUGGAUCUGCUGCAAUGAGCCCCAAUGAUCUUGGACCCUGUGCCUGGGCUUUUUCCGUCUUUGCCAUUGUUGGCAGCGCUCGUCUGUUGAUUGGUCAUGCAUCGGCGCCCGCCUUCCCUGCGAAUAGCACUUUCCACAUUGGCGAAUCGACAGAUGACGCUUUGACAGCCGAACUUCUUGCGAUCUGCUGGGCCCUCUGCUGGACGGCCCAGCAUGGCCGACGUUUCGGCGUCCCUGUCGAAUUCCUUUAUGAUGCUCUUGCCGCAGGAGGUGGCGCUUUUGGCGUCACAGUACCUGUAGGCUCCACAGGGUCUUCACCAUAUCUCGCACUCGCUGGUUUUGCCGUUGCAUUGCGACAAUAUACCGCCGAGUUGUUGCCUAUCAAGCACAGCCAUGUUAAGGGCCACACCGGCUGCUUGGGCAAUGAGCUUUGUGAUGCCCUUGCCAAACACGCCAGACGUCUUCCACAGGAUGACCAUGCCUUCUGUCUUCCCGAUUGGCCGCGGCUUUGGGCAAUGCACCCCCUUCGCGACUGGGCCUGGGCUACCCUCCCGGGACACGGUGACUUGGCAUCCCUUUUCUGCUUUGGAGUUGAAGCUAGCUUAGGGCGCAGAGUACACAAGGCUCCACCGUGCAGCCCUACCUUUGGCGUACAGGACCAUCACUUACCAUCGACACAGGUCGGGUAUGUCUUUUUCUGUGUUACGCUCAAUGUCCUUACUCUUCGGGAGCCGCGCCCGCACCAGUCCGGCGGAUGCACCGGUCUCCGGAUCACGGGACGCAAGGACGUACUCAAAGCAUCGCUUAAGCCCUUCGAUCCCCUUUUCGUUGGGUUACAAGAAACCCGUCUGCCAGAUUCUUCCGUGCUUCCUGAUGCCGAUUACUAUAUUUAUAGUUCCGGUGCCACAGCAUCCGGCACUGGUGGAUGCGCGUUGUGGGUAGCCAAAGACCUGCCUCUGUAUACCGAAGGCAACCAGGCAGUGCGAGUCAAGCCACAGGACGUUACUGUCGUUGGUGCAUCGCACAGACAUCUUGCGGUUAACCUAGUUACCCCCAGGAUACAGUUGCAUAUCCAGGUCGUGCAUGCACCCUCAGCCGCCUCCGUGCCUAUUGAUGUCUGCCACGCCUUUUGGAAUGAACGAGCAUGCGAAAUCCUACGCCGGCCUGAGGGCGCAGACUUUCUCAUACUUUGUGAUGCGAACUCUCGUCUUGGUGAUUGCACAUCCGAGCUCGUUGGAGACUGCGGUGCCGAACAAGAAGGCCCGGCCGGGGAAGCCUUCCACGCCUUCCUUGUCAAAGUAGGGGCCCUUGCGCCAUCUACCUGGAGUCAGUGGCACCAGGGUGGCUCGCCCACUUGGUGCUCCCCCAACGGCACGUGGUCUCGUAUUGACUAUGUUCUCGUGCCAAGCACCUGGAGACAUGCAGUCCUUGUCUCUCGCACCCUACCACAGGUCGAGUUGUUACAAGUCAGAGAGGACCAUUUCCCGGCACACCUGCUCUGCGCCUUCACGCGCCCUGCUCCACCCUCUUUUUAUCAGAGUAGCCAAAAACGAGUCAUACGGCCUGCCAAACAGGAAGUGGCCCAGGCAGACCUUGACUCUUUCGCGCACUCUUUGCCACAGCAACCAUGGUCUAGCAAUGUUGACGAGCAUUACGCAGAGCUAGUCCAAGCAUGGCAUGGCUUUGGGGACGCUAUCGUGCGUCAUGGCCCGACGGUGCCCCGUCAGCCAUACCUUACCACCAAUACACUCGAUCUUAUUCAGGAAAGGAAAGCACUCAGACCUGCUCUCAAGAAUGAAGCACAGGAGCGACGACUUCGGUGGCUCAUACUUGGGUUCGGUGCCUUCAUCCUGCACAGUCGUGGUGACUCCUUCAACGACGCUCAGCUUGCCCUUGCAGACAGCUGGAUGCGUACAGUUGAUCGUAAUGAAGCUGUUGUUGUCGCCAACUACCGUCGUACUGCCUUUGCACUCCGGAGAGCUGUCGCAGCAGACAAGGCAGCCCACAUCCAAGUCCUUGCCGACGAUCUUGCCGCCCGCAACAUCCAAGACUCCAGGUCCCUUUAUCAAGCACUCCGCAAAGUGUUUCCGUCUGCGCGCGCUUCCCGCCGUUCAUCAGCCCGAGCCCUGCCGAUGCUGCAACUUGAUGAUGGGUCCUUCGCGACCACUACCUCGGAUCGUGCAGAAGCCUGGCGUCGGCAUUUUGCCUCACAGGAGGCUGGCACCCUUGUUACUCCCGACGAGUACGCGGCAGACUUACAGGCUUCAGAGGUUCUUCCCUGGCAGCUUGACAUGCGGGUUCCACCUACUCUUGCGAAGGUCGAACAGCUCAUUAUCUCAGCCAAACGAGGAAAAGCUGCCGGACCGGACGGCAUAACCACCGAGCUGUUGCAACUCAAUGCACCUGCAGCUGCGAGACAGUUGAUACCUGUCUAUCUCAAAGCCACACUUCGUGUGUAUGAACCAGUUGCAUUCAGAGGCGGCGAUCUCUGCUGUUUGGCGAAGCGUGCCAGCGGCGCCCUGACAUGCGAGGCGUUCCGCUCGAUACUCGUUUCAUCGGUUCCUGGAAAGCUGCUUCAUCGCAAUCUUCGGGAAGUGCUCAAGCCUCUCCUUGUCGAUUCCCAGCCUGUCUUUCAGUCGGGCGUCGCAGCUGGUCAGGGCAUUGUAGGAGUCGCAUUGGUUGCCCGAACCUUUUUCUCCAUGUGCUCUGGCCAAGGAUCAUAUGCCGCUCUUGCGUUCUUUGAUUUGCAGGCUGCUUUCUAUGGAAUCCUGCGCCAGACGAUCGUUCCACAUGCCGAAGAUGACUCAAAGCUACUCAGGCUUUUCUACGAUCUGCGACUGCCUGCAGAGGCUAUUAGCGAACUGAAAGCCCACCUCGAGUCCAUCGCUCAGCUACCAUUGCUCGGCGCUUCAUCUCACGCCAUUGCCAUUGUACAAGAUCUGUUCAGAGGUACGAUCUCGCCCGGGCGACCCGACGACCUGCUCUUUGGCUUCAGUCUGGCCGCCGCGCUCAAGGCCAUUCAGCACCGACUUGUCGAGGCAGAUCUAGUUCCUCACCUACCGUGCACACAGCGUCCUACUUGCGUCGACCUCGAGGGGCCUAUUCCAAUCGGACAGCCCGCCUGGGCAGAUGAUUUCGUUGCGCCACAAAAUGGUCCAACCCCUGUUGAGUUAGUUCAGCGUACCGGAGCCACCAUCCGUACCAUCGUCGACUAUACCACUUCUGUUGGCAUGACAGUCAAGUGCGGCAGGGAUAAGACUGCGGUCCUCUUUCCGCCUGCUGUACUUCAGAGAGCUGAACACCUCUUUGAGCGUGAUGAUCAAGGCCAGCUCUGCCUCGGUCUAGAAAAUGGUGUCACUCAUACACACUAUCAAGUGCCGAUUGUUGAGUCCUACCGACACCUUGGUGGCAUUGUCACAUCGACGGGCACGCCUCUGGAACAGUCAAGCCUUUGCGCAAGAAGUUCUUCAGCGCUAGCUAGCGAAUACCCUCUCGAUACUCGAGCAUACAUCCUGCGCUCGCUGGUGCUUUCAAAGUUCGCCCAUUCUGCUGCGUCCCUCAUGCUUUGCGUCGCCUGCCAUGCUCGCGUUUGGGAGCAGCACUACAUGUCCCUCUGGCGUACGCUCUUCCGCCGCAAGACAGCGUCCUGCCAGAAGCAUUGUUAUCGCGUGCUGCACGAAGCGCAGGCAGCUUCGCCCACUCUUGCCCUUGCUAGCGCCCGCGCUGGCUUUGUCAGUCGCCUUUUCCGGCAUGGCCCCAAGGAAUUGCUUGCCCUUCUCUGGGAUCAUUGGGUUGUUCAGCCGCGCACGGCAUGGUUAGCCCAGCUACGUGAUGACAUUGCCCUGGUUUCUUCCUACGUCCCGGAUGUCGUUGGACUCCUUGGCAAUGAUCGUGUGCUGGGUUUGCUUGAUGCGUACAGUCAUGACUGUUCCUGGUGGCCGAGACAGGUCAAGACCGCCACCAAGAUCUUCCUACGCGAUCUUGCAACUUGGGUAACUGCAGGGCAAGAGCCUGCUCGCCGCCUUGUUUCCGGCACGCCUGCAGGUGGGGAAUAUGCUUGCUACCUAUGCCAAGCCUCUUUUCCACUUCGCAAGCAUUUGCAUGUGCACCUUGCGCGGGCACACCAAGUGUUUUCACCUGCGCGACAUUAUGCUACCAGCGAGACCUGUGCUGCGUGCCAUAAGGUGUUCCCGAAUAUCCUUCUUGCACAGCAACACCUCAAAAGAUCGGAUGCUUGUCUUAUGCGAUGCCUGUACUUGCAUCGCCCUCUGACCUGCGACCAGUUUCGACAGUUAGAGGUCGAUAUGAAAGUGCAGCAACGUAAAGUCCGCCGAGGCGGAUGGCGACACUUUCGUGGCAUUGUUCCGUCUGCCCGCGCCCCUUUUGCAUUUGGACCUAAACUUCCUACCACUGUUGAGAAGUUGCAGGGUUCCAGCACCGCCGGGGACGAAUCCGAUCUUCUGUCCACCCUCACACGUGGAUUCCAUCCAGAGCCAGCCCAUGUCGUCUGGGUCACUGAUUUUGUGCAAGGUCGCAGCCGAGAAAAGGCGCGCACCACAGCACAUCGCUUCUGGAUGCAGCGACCAUGUGUGCAGCAGGUUUCCGCCGUUUCACUUACCAUGAAUUCAUAG